UCUUCCUCCAACUCCAACCACAAAAAAAAGUUGCACAAAUGGAACAAAAAGCCAUCAAUUCCUCCUCCGCCGACGACCAAGAACAGCAACACUUUGCUUACGCUGCUCAUUUGGUUACCUUAUCAGUUUUUCCCUUCACUCUCCAAGCCGCCUUCGAGCUCGGCGUCUUCGAGAUCCUGACCAAGGCCGGCCCCGGGGCCGAGCUCUCCGCGGCAGAGAUAGCAGCAAAGAUAACGGCGACGAACCCGAAUGCGGCGUCGAUGGUCGAUCGGAUACUGAGGCUUCUGGCCACGCACUCGGUGGUUGGAUGCUCCACGGCGGAGGAUGAAGGUGGGAAUGUGAAGAGACUCUAUAGCCUCACGCCGGUUUCUAAGUAUUUCGUUCGUAACGAAGAUGGUGUGUCGUUGGGCCCUGUCAUGGAGUUGAUUCAAGAUAAAGUCUUUCUUGAUAGCUGGAGAGAGCUGAAGAAUGCAGUCAUUGAAGGAGGAGUUGCUUUCAAUAGGGCUCAUGGUGGAGUACAUGCCUUUGAAUACCCUGGCCUGGAUCCAAGAUUUAACAAGGUUUUCAACACUGCAAUGAUCAAUCACACUACCAUGGGCAUCAAGAAGAUUGUUGAGUCCUACAAAGGCUUUGGAAAUCUCAACCAACUUGUGGAUGUUGGUGGAGGCCUAGGGGUCACUCUUCAAGUCAUCACUUCUAAAUACCCUUCAAUCAAGGGCAUCAACUUCGACUUACCUCACGUCAUUCGUGAUGCCCCGGCCUAUCCCGGUGUAGAACAUAUAGGAGGUGACAUGUUUGAGAGCGUUCCAAAGGGAGAUGCUAUUUUCAUGAAGUGGAUACUUCAUGAUUGGAGUGAUGAACACUGCGUGAAGUUAUUGAAGAAUUGUUAUGCUGCAAUUCCAAAUGAUGGGAAGGUAAUUGCAGUGGAUGCAGUGGUUCCAUUGGUGAUCGAGACUACGAUUACAAUGAAAUCCAUUACCCAAGGCGAUGUGCUUAUGAUGACUCAAAAUCCAGGGGGAAAAGAGCGAACUCGAGAUGAAUUCAAAGCACUCGCAACCAAAACUGGGUUUAAACGUAUCAACUUUGAAUGUUUUGUAUAUAAUCUCUGGGUUAUAGAGUUCAUCAAAUGAAACUAUAGUUUUUUUUCCCUCCUUUUUCAAAAGAAAAAAUGAAACUAUGCUUUAAUUAAUUUUAUUUUGGUACAAGAAMCUCUCAUAUCUCUAUURUAUUUUUAUUCCACACCUUUCAAACCUUUAUUGUAGUUUUUGAACAUUGCAUAAAAGAAAAGAAGUUAUUCUACUC